AUGGAUGUGACCGCCGAUGACCGGAGCGACCUUGAUGAGCUGCUGAACAUGCUUGAGACCUUUAUCAAGGAGCAUCGCGCUGACAGGCCGGUGCUGCUUGUGGCAGAGUCCAUGGGUGCGGUGUUGGCGCUGAAUUUGGCCUUCAACCAACCCAAGCUAGUUGAAGCUCUUUGUUUGAUCAAUCCGGCCACCAGCUACAGAAGAACGCCGUUGUCAUUGUUGGCGCCGUUGCUUCCAAGCCUACCGGAGAACCUCUAUGAGACCCUGCCAGCCGUGAUCACACCACUGGUUGGCCGAGUUGGCUGGUAUGAGGGAGUCAUUAGCUCCCAGCAAGUUGACUCCGCUGGCUCCAGCCCUUUGGAGAACUUCCUGCGCAUCAGCCGCGGCUUGAGCAAAGCGUUGCCUCCAGAAACCCUGCGCUUUCGUGAGUCUCUCCUGCGCAAGGGUUUGCGGCGUUUGGAGCCCAGGAUGGCGGAUCCACCGGCCAUUGUCACUCUCCUGGUGGCCGGGGAUGCGGACGCAGUUCUACCAUCAGUGGCCGAAACGGCACGCUUGCAGAAGUUGCUUCCAGGCAGCUUGGAUUUGGGGUUUCAAGCUUCUGCAGUUGCGAGAUAUUUCAGACAGAUGUAA